UUAGAUUUGGUCGUCGGUAUAAUAGAAAGAGUAUUUUCUGUGGUUUCUUCAAAUGCAUCAAACAAAUCGUCGUCAAAAUCAGCCAUUUUUAGAGGUUAAAUAGUUUCGUGUGCGGCUUGCUUCGGGAUUGGCUUCAGGGAGGCGGAGUUCUUUCCAUGAUAUGGUUUUCUUCUAUCUCUUUCUAUUACAAGGUAUUUUUGUGACAGUAGGAAAGGACAUUAGAUGCUGAUCGUUCAUACCCGUUGCGUUUCCAAAUCUUUGGAGUAGUCAAAUUUUUAUAAAUUAAAUACAAUUUAAUAUGACUUGCUUAUUGAAAGAAAGAAAAUUUGAAUGUCGGGUUAGUUCCGUGUUGAACAAAAACAUAAAAGAAUUUGGGAAAAAACAUUUAUUUGAUGAGUCGAAUGAAACUUGCUGGAACUCUGAUUCUGGAACACCGCAGUGGAUUCUGAUAAAUUUUGAAGAGGAAGUUGAUUUAUCGGAAAUAGAAAUUGAGUUCCAGGGUGGAUUCGCCGGUAAACAAUGUUCCUUGGAAGCUGGUUCAGACUCUAAAAAUCUCUCCGUCGUAGAAGAAUUUUUCCCAGAGGACGCAAAUACUGGUCAACGGUUUCGGUUGUCGGAAACGAAAAAAGCUAAAGUGUUUAAAUUAGUUUUUCAUAACAGUACCGAUUUUUUUGGUAGAAUUGUCAUAUAUAGACUAUCGUUUCACUCAUGAUAGUUUUUAUUG